GCAGUGUUGGCCGAGGGUAAGUGACGUCAUGUUCAUGGCAUUUAUUAAUUCAGGUGAAUACAAGAUGGCGAUUUCAAUGGAAGGUCCACUUUCAAAGUGGACAAACGUUGUGAAAGGAUGGCAAUACAGAUGGUUUGUUCUCGAUGAGGCUGUUGGCUUACUAUCAUACUAUACUGUAAGUUUCAAAAUGUAGUAUAUUUUACAACUCAGUUCUUAUGCUGCGUAUGAAUUAUUUAGUGUCACGAGAUUUGUGAUUAGUCGAAAUUCGAAUAUUCUCGUCACAUUAGUUAAUUAAAAUACACACAUUUACAUUAGUUCUUCAUUAAAUUAAGUUUUACAAUGUAAACUAUAUUGCAGAAAUUUUAGAAUGAAAUGGUAAAAAUAUACAAACGAGAAUUCUGUAUAUUAAUUUAGCAAAAUAUCCUUGACAGUUGACAGAAGUCAAAAGAUUUAUCUGCAACUCUAUUAACCUAUGUUGAGAUAUUUUUAUUCGUGAGUUUCUUUUGUCUUGUUUUGUAAGAUUAAUAAGUUUAAGAUAUUAUAUGUUUAUUGUGUUAACACACUCGACUCUACUAGAAUUUAGGCAGAUUCAGAUCCAUAAUUUCAAUUAUUUGAAUGUUAUAAUGUUUGAUUACAACUAUCAUGUACACAACGUUGCUAACUCAUGGUAUUCAUAAUUAAUAUCCAGCAGAUGCGUUUGGCCAUAUUGGUAUUAGAACACCUCGUAAAUGUCUGAGACGACUUAAUCAUGGCCACUUAAUCUAUAGUCUUAAUAUAUCUGGCUAGAACCUGAUAGAUCUGGAACAAAAUUCUGGCUGGAACUAACCAACUGGAACCAAGUUCUGGCGCACCCUUAACACUUGAGAAGCUUAGAGGAAAAUAUAAAUAAAUAGAGGAAAUUAGAUGGAUUGCUAAAACAAUAACAUUGUCUAUUAAGUGCAUCCAAGUGAAUGAAACACUGUAUAUAGUCAUUAUAUUGAGAAAGAUUUAAUUUAUGAUUUUGUGGUUCAAUGUUUAGUGGUUCUGUUCUGCUAUUUAUCAUGUACAGUCAAGCCCCUAAAGCAGACACAAACAUGCCUCGGCUAGGGCUAACACCCGGAAUGGCGUGGAGCGCCGUUGGUUUGGGGAUAAAUAAAUUAAACACCACAAGUGAGAAUCCUGUCAGAACAUAUCUAUCAAACCUAGAAAGCAUAGACAGAGAAAAACAUUUUGUAGGUCAGGCUGAUAAUUGGGUAACUCAAACAUCUCUAGGUGGGGGAUCUUUGGAUAGGGUUAACCUGGUGGUUCUCUUUCAAGGACUUUGUCUGCAACCAGGGUACCUUGAAUACAUUUUUUGAUUAGUUGAUUGAUGAUGUUUCUAGCACAAUGCCUGGCUAUGGCUACCAGUGUUAUAUUAUUGAAGGCAUUGACAUUAGGGCCAUUAUAUGAGUGACGAUAAGGUUUCCUAUAAGUUUUAAUCUACUCACAUAUAAAAACAGUUCAUUUGCAAUGGACUUUUAAUGGUAUUUCAGACUAGCUUUCAACCCCAGACUUUUCCAGUCUGUAUGCUAUAUAUAUACGUUUAUCAUGACUUAUUACUCAGAUUAGUGUAACAGGAAAUAUGGGCCCUGGGCCAAAUUUCCUAUAAAACAUAUGCUCCCCAUGGCUAUGGCUAUCAGUGUUAUAUUAUCGAAGGCAUCGUCAUUAGCCAUUAGGGCCAUUAUACAAGUGACGAUAAGGUCACUCACAUAUAAAAACAGUUAAUUUGCAAUGGACUUGUAAUGGUAUUUCAGACUAGCUCUCAACCCUGGACUUUACCAGUCCAGGGGCGCCGGAGCAGCGGGGGUAACUGCCCCUGUUGCCCAACAGGGGCAGCAUGGGGGGAACAGGUUGCCCUUUUUGCCAGAACUGCACCUCGAAAUUUGUGCAUUAUUCACAGGAAUUGGAAUUUAGAACUAUUUUUAAGCAAUGUAUAAAGAUGCGGUACAUUCUGUAUGUAAACAAAGGCUUUGUUUACAUAUCGGUAUCCAAAAUAUAGAAUUUUAUUCGACAACUAUUUAUAUUUUCAUGAUUCUAGAGUAUAAUAAAUUAUCAAGACACAACAAUCAAGCUUUGCAAGAACAUAAAAUGAAAUAAAAACCGAAAUAAACUGUUUAAUAAAAAGAGGGCUCCUUUGUGUACAUACGCAGAUCGGACUGUACAGCAUCUUUAAGCAAUUUUUGCUUAAUUUUCAACAAGUUGUAGUAAAAUUAAUGCUAAAUCAAGCAAUAUACGUCUGUUUACUUAUUUUAUUUUGCGCCUUUAGCACGGUACAACAAAUAAAAUUGUUCAAUAUCCAUACAGUUAAGUUUUAACAAAUAGUGCCGCCCAGAAAAAUAAUGGCUGAGAAGCAAGUGCCCUACCAGUCUGUAUGCUACCAUACGUUUUUCGUGACUAAUUACUCAGAUUAGUGUAACAGGAAAUAUGGGUCUUGGGCCUAAUUUCCUAUAAAACAUAUGCUCCCCAUGGUCAAAUUUCCUUGGAAAUAUCCCCACCCCCCAUUCGAAAAUUUUUCCCAUUCCAUUUUAAUUUAAUAUACAGUAUAUGAUGUUUGGACAUGAUGAACUGGUAGGCAUACAGAACUAGUAAGAUCAAAACGUGAGUAAACAGCAGUUUUAGCAUGAUUGCAACACAAAAAUUUAAUGGCACUUGUAAAUCAUUAAAAUUCAUGUAAAUUUUAGGUAAUCAUGAGCCACGCUCCCAGUGCUAUAAGAAUAAAUCACUUAAGUUGAAGAAUGCAUUUUGAUUUCAGAGACACUUGUACAUACAAGGCUUUAAAAUGCCAAUUUUGUAUAUGAUUAUCUUUCUGAAACUGAGGUUUCAUAUGGAUUUUGUGAAAUAUUCUUACGCUGGAUUUUUUACGUGCAGUGUGCUUACAUUUGUUCAGUCUUAAAACGAAGGCCAAAUUGCCGAAGAAGGGGCCACAAUUCCUAGGAAAUAUUACGUACACCCCCCGAUCAAUUAUGUCGUAGGACAUAUGACCCAGAUUUUGGGCAUCUCUCUCAAUAGAACUAACAAUUGAAGUGUUUAAGUACAUGGAAAUUUCGAGCAGCAGAUUACUGUACAAGUCAUACAAUUUUCAGACCCAACCAAUUAAAAACUCUUCAACCAUAUGACCGUGGUCUAUACUUAGGGGAGCUAAUAUGUCCUAUGGGGGGGGGGGGUCAAAUGUCAUAGAAAAAUUACCCAGGAUGAUAUUUGGGGGGAGGCAUUCAAGCAGAUGUUUAUUAUUGGUUAUAUAAAUGACUGUUCUAUUGUGCCUCAAAGUGAAUCAAGUAUUGAUGUGUAACUGCAAAUAGGGAUUUGCUCUCUGUGGACAAGAUUUCGUGUCUGUUCUAUUAGAGAGGGUGUAUAGAUGGUUAUUUUAGAGAUGGUUAGAGAGUUGUCCAUAAGAAGAGGUUUGGCUGGAUUUGAACAUUAUUGAAAUUUCAACAUUUAUUUUGUUUGUAAUAUUCACUAUAGUCCAAAGAAAAAAUGAUGAGGGGAGCAAGGAGGGGCUGUCUACGAUUAAAGGUAAAUUAUCCCUACUAUUUUUAAGCCAAUAUUUUACAUGACGCCACAGUUCUCUGUAGAAAUUGCAUUGCAAGUUGCAGACGAGAUUGACUCUUACAGUCUUACGGCUUGUGUGGGUAUUGGCGGCCAUUAGAUAUGGCUACACGACCUAAUGAUAUCUAUAAGGAGCUUUAAGCCGGUUUUCCACUCGGCGGAAUUUUCCACGCGGAGCGGAAUUUUUCUUUGUCUUUUCUAAUUAGUUCCACCUGAGAAAUCACAAGCGCAAAAUUCCGCUCCACGCAAAAAUCACAAGCCGCUCCACGCGCAAAAUUCCGCCUAAUGGAAAACUGGCUUAAGAUGUGCUUUUAAAAUCUAGUUGACGAAUUAACAGUUAUUAUUAUUAGCAUGACAAAAUUACUGGAUGCUGAUUGGUUGAGAGGGGUACAAUUAUUUCAUUAAUUGUACUGCAGUACAAUUAAUGAUUUUCCCAAAGCAAACAAAAUGGCGGAAAAGUAUUUUAAACACAAAUGUGAAAUGAAAUUGCCCUAGAGGAACUAGAUGAAAAUACGAACAAAAGCACCAAAUUUUGCGUUAGCAAAAGAACAAAAUGAAAAUACGAACAAAAGCACCACAUUUUGGUUGAAAGUCUUGCAGGACUGGGCUUUGGCGAGAGAAUACGAUGUUGACAUUGAGAAGUAUCCAAUUUUGUCAUGCUAAUAAUAAACAAGUAAUCAUGCGAUGAUUACCUAUACUAAUUAUGAUUUUUAGUUUUGGAUUUUUUACCAGUUUAACAUGCUCUUCAUCUGUAUCCGUGUUUUCAUACAAAAAGAAUCCCGAGUUAUUCCACAGUUUUUACCCAUGUUGGUGACACUGUGAAUUUAGUGUCACGUCCGCGUAUAGUAGAUAUACCACGCCUCUGGCUCCGUUGUAUAGGACCAAGGGCCUUGUAUUUUGUGGGCAAAAGUAUACGUUAUAACAUAAAAUCCCACUUCUUAAAACCUUGUAUGUAAAGUAUUUCAGGAAGGUAAUCGUAAGCCCUGGCCUAUGGAUGUAAAAGUGACGUAAUAUCAGCAACAAGAUUAUCGCAACCUGUAGGGAAAUUUAACGCAUAAUAAAGAAGAUCAUGUUUUGCUCGCUACUCUCAGACUGGUAAUUAUUUAUUUAAACCAGAAUAGCGCGCGAAACAUGAUUGAUAUACCUGGUUGCAGUGAACGAACAAACUUUAAAAUAAUAAAGAAGGCGUCAUGUCGAAUUUAAGUCGGUUGCGAGUACAAUUUUUUGUGAAUUUAAAUCGGCUGCGAUUUUAUGGAUUUUGGAGUCCGACGAAUUUGUUUCUUGCUGUUCUUAGGCUCAAUAACAAAGUAAUUUUCAACCGUACUAAGCACAAAAUGUGAGUAAGUAUUUGACAUGAAAACGAGGCCAUUGGGUAAAAGAGAAUAAUCGGUAAGGUCUAUUCUUGUGAACAGGAACAAACCCCACAUGCGUAAUCCGAAGUACAACGACAAGUCGAUCUUGCCAUGCUCUUUCACAGACAGAACAUUUCUAAGAAACACAAGACUUUGUAAACCUAAAAAGAAACUCACGAAAUUGAUGUGUCAUAUCAUUCAUUUUUAACUGUCAUCGCAGUCGAGUGUUUGUGUGACCAACAUGCUGCCAUUUUAUUAUGGUGUAUUAAAAAAUAUUCACACUGUCACGCAUGCAUGGGUCGGUCCUACUAAAUAGUAAAUACUGCCCGGAGCGUCCGGGAACACGUGAGAGGGCCCGUAGGUAUACAAAAUAGUAUAAAUCAGUGUACGAUCCUUUCUGAGUCUCUACGAGACAUUGUAUUAAUGAAAAAUAAUAUUAAUGGUGAGAUGCAGCCUAGCAACAAGUAGUGAAGCACAGCCGCCCACCCAGGAAGUUGUGCGAAACAUGAGAUUAUAAUUAUUAUAAAUUAACAUGCGAUCACUCAGUGAACGAAUAGCAAGAGCAUAUAGAGUAAUAGCACACGACUUAAGCACGACAGUUCUUUGGAAGGUAUAGCUCUGUUGGAGAGGAUGCACGCUACGUUUAGCAAGGCUGUAACCACGAACUGAAGUCAAUUUGGCUGUCAAGUAGGUACUCAAGCUACCGACCAACGACUAUCCCGGCUUGGCAAAUCCCAUUGAUGCCGAGAAUUCACCUCUCCAAAGACAGAACUAUUUCACACAAAGUGGAAACCGGAAUACAAAAACGAACAAAAAGCACACAAAUACUUACCCAAGUGACGGAACAUACAACACCAAACAAUAAAUAAUACUCCCUGACAAAGCAAAGAUAACAAUACCAUAGAGUAACAAAGGGAAUAAUCAUCCAGAACAGCUGGAGGUAUGGCCGCGAGCGGUCGCGGCAAGUAAGCAUAACGAAAAAAUAUACAACAGGACAACAAUUGGCGUAAUCGACAGCGCACCCCCAAACCACGAGACGUAACAACAUAAAACGCAAGUAUUACAUAGACUACGAGAACAAAGAAAAGUGACUGAACACAAAAAGCUACCCAGGGGUGCGCCUUGAUUGUCGGCCAAAACAAUACAUUACAGUACUCCAGGCACCUCUGGUACAGGCACCUCUGGUCAGCAGCGACCAGGAAACGCUGAUACUAAUAUUUUUACUCACACCUCCGCUGGUUUGCAAUAACUGAAAGCAUAGAAUGUAAAGCAACCCAUAGAAGCCAACAUAAGCGGGCAGACACUCCCAGCAAGCGGGUUAGCACCACCAGUGCGAACAAGCAAUGUCCUCCCAGAAAAAGGGGCUGGGUGGGUGGGGACGUUGUGAACUUGAAGGUCUGGCAAGCAAUGAGCUAUACCUGUGAGCUCCACGGCUUAAAUAAUCUUGGUAAACCUGCAUAAUAACUAAUAUGAAUAUAUAAUUAAUAUAUACAUAAACAACACGCACAUAUUCGUUCUCGAAGUUAAUUAUUUUUAUUGCAUAAAAUCAUUAAAUGUAAAUAUUUGUUGUUUUAAGGCUCGUUUACACUUGCAAAUUUUGCUGCGAUUUUAGGUGCGAUUUUCUUCUUCUGAUGCAUGUGAACGAGUAGAUAAAUCAUGAAUGUUCACAUUGCUGUACAUGUACUCCGAACAUUCGCGACUCCUCUACUCGUUCACAUCCAUCAGAAGGAGAAAAUCGCACUAGAAAUCGCAGCAAAACUCGCAAGCGUAAACAGGCCUUCACCAAACAUUUCCAAACCAUUCGUUGAAAUCACGCAUUUUGUUGUAAAUAUUUCUUCACUUUAGCCGCCAUUUUAUCGAGUUCCCAAUGAUGUUGUUUUGUUGUAUUACUUUAGGGAGCAUUGCUUGGGAUUGAUGAUGAAGAUGACAGUACUUUCACAAUCAGUUGUGAUCAGAAAACAUUUCAUUUUCAAGGUAUUGUGAGGAACGUUGACCAACUUUCCUCUUAAAUAAAGACCCGAUUUAUACCUGUUUUCCACUGGACGAAUUUGUUUGCACGAAGCGAAAACAUAAUUCGCCAUUGUGGUUGACUGUAGCGGAAAAAACUCGCUACGAAAAGUGAAGAAAAAUUGCCAUAAACCAAAUGAAGAGGAAUUGUGUCAUCAAAUCGUAGGAAUGGUUCCAGCUGGCUCUGGUAUGCAGGGUGCUAUAAUUCGAGAUUUUUAGUCGUACGUGACUGGUACUCUAAUGACUAUUGCCUCGUACUUGUGCUGGUACAAACUUAAAACUCGGGAUUUACUUACUCUUUGAAAUGAUGUACAUAAACUACAGGUUUCUGUACGACAAUUACAUACACAAAACACUAGAAUUGUUUUACGAAACGAGAAGGACGACAGUUACAUACACAAAACACUAGAAUUGGCUCCAACAUUCUCAUCAGUCCAGCAUGUUUCAUGCCCAGACAUGUCAGACGGACCUAUAUACCUUUGCGUAUACGGUUUUGAAUACCUUGGACUUGGUAAGGUCCUGUGGUACAAGAAAAAUGCAAAUACGUAGAUAGCAAGAGUUAGGGGUGCCCUUGGAUAUUCCGGCCAUUUCCAUAUUCCGGCCAAAUCCAGUAAAUCCAUCCCUGGAUAGGCCUAUAAGCAUCUUCGUUGCUUCGAUAAUUAAUUUGAAGGUGUCAAUGAAUAUAAUGUUAAUAUCUUAAAUUUUAGCACGAGAUGCUGAAGAACGGGAAAAAUGGAUCGGAGCUUUAGAAACUACAGUUAUGACACAUUCCCAUUCGGGAUUACGGGUACGCUCUCCUUAUAGUAAUUAACCGUUAUUAAAUUAUUUUAUGCUUUGAGAUUCGGGAGAAAAAACGUUUGUUAUAUACAGUGUGUUGAAGGCCGUGAAGUUUGUUGAGAAGGCGGCGAUAGCUGUGUAUGUAUGGCCAGCUCACUAUCGCGUUAUUUAGUAGAACUAAGACACGGGGAACGCGCGGGAUUUCGUAACCUUCGACGGCUUGCUACGUUAUGGAGGCUACAUAUACACAGCUAUCGCCACAGGAAGUCUGUGACACCUGCUAAGGACGGACAUGUAGAAAGCAACUGAAAAAUUCCACUGUCCUGUUGUUGAUUUUCUUGAUAGUGAAGUAAGUACAGUCGUUUUACUUGGGUUACACAAGGUGCUUUAAAAUUCCACUAAUAAUAAAUCAUUCUAACUGGUAGGUUAAGUACAUACUGUAUACUGUACGUGCAUGUGCUGCAUGUAUGGCACAAUGCGAAUAUCUUCUUAACUAAACUGAGAAAUUCAACGUCAAAGUGCUCUUUUGAUGUUUACCUUUUAAAAACGAUAUAAAAGACAAUGAUAUGGUUUUCUGGUUUUCCUCUAUAUCUACAGCUGUAGUAUAAUGAGACUUAUAUAGAGAUUUAUAUAAUGUUACCUGAUAACGAGGCAUUGGUUUGCUUGGUGAUUGUUCUCGUAUCAUGUAGUAAGGAACUUUACUUGGAAGUUAUGGGGUAUUAUUUUUCUGUAUUACAGAGGCCAUUUGGUACAGAUUUAGGAUUAAUUACUGCAGAAGACGACUUAGACAAGAAACUAACUGAAGCUGAAGCUUAUUUUAAAUUAUUCACAGAACAAGUCAAAGUAAGGAUUCAGUGUGUAAAAAGUAUGCUUCCUUGCAUGGUGCAUUCCUUGGGGGAAAUUCUUCAUUUUCUCACAUCCAGUUUACAAUGAAUUGAAAGUAUCAUUUUUCACAGACUUUAUGGACAAUAGCAGGCAAUACAGGUCAAAAUGUCCGCCUGCGCCCCCCUCUCUCGACGCCUGUGAGUACAUACUAAGCUAACGUAUUCCACUUUUAUCUAUUUUCGUACUAGGCCUUACAUGUGCAGAUGAAUCAAGAUUGUGCAAGUGAAGAACCUCCAGAGGUACUGUAUAUGAAUUCUAUUAUUUCACUCCUCAGCCGUUUUACAUAGAAAUAGGCAUACAUGAAGUAUUACCACGGGUGGGCGACGCGUGAAGGCGCCGCCGUUCGGACGAUUACGUGUAGAUCUUUAUCGCGUAGAUCGUUCGGACGAUUACGCGUAGAUCUUCCAUUAUAAUUGCUUCACCAGCGCGCUGUUCCGCGUGGACAGAAACACUCAUGCUACCCAUUCACCGUAUGUUCAAACUUGUACGCUAUUCUCACGCGGACAAAGCAACCGCAGUGGAAACGGCCUUACAGCACCUGGAUUGUUAUACAGGCUUUGGGUACGAAGCGGAUUGUGGUAUAAAAUAAUGUAAUACUGAUAUUUUCCCUCACAUUAGCGAUAUCAAGUUAUCAAAGAAACAUCAACCGUAUGUAUUAUAUUCUGUUACUCCUGGGUACAGCAUAACUUACUGACAGUUCUCCCCCAUCUCACUCUAUAUUCUUGGCGUGCUCAACCAGGGUGUGCCAGGAGCCAGCAUUGCUCAUAAAUUAGUGUGAUGUCUAAAAUCUAAAUGAGUUUACCGUCUCAAUAAAAUUCAGAUUUCAUCUGCAGUUGACCCAGUGCGCCAUGAGUUGCUGACCGCGACCCCUUCCACUUUUAAUUAAGUGAUUUUUAAAUGAUGAAAUGAUGGAAAUGUUAUUUCCUUACUCUGUAUAGCCUGAACACAGACUGAAUCUCAUUUUUUCCCAGUGUUCCAAUGUUUUCCAGUUCUCGAAUGGUAAAGUUGAAGCGUUGUUGUUUAUAGUUUUGCAAUUUCUCAAUGUAGAAAAUGCUUGAAAAUAUUGGCCAGUCCCUUGAAAUGAUGCAUUCCGUAAAGGUUGGUAUUUCGGUUAUGACUCGUUUUUCAUAUGCGAACUAUUUAAUACUAUUAAACUGGUAGUAUAUGGAAGGUUGUAGCGUAUGGUUCAUAAUUCAUAAAAAUGAUGACAAAUUGUUUGGUAUUCGGUCAUCGUGAUAGAUUAAGAUUAUAGAUUAGUUUAAUAUAAUACAGAUAUAAUAGAUUAAUUUUGAGGUAAUGCCAAUAAUAUGAACAAGCUUUCGUUGAUAGGGAUGCAACUACCUGAAAAAUAUUCGACGUUUUGAGCGAAGGCCCUUGGUCUGGAGUUACUCAAGAUUGUUAAGGUGGUAAGAGUGAGUUGGAGAGUUGCGUUUCCGAGAUACGCUUAGCAAGAGCGUCGUAAGGCCGUUUUCCACUAGGCGGAAUUUUGCGCGCGGAGCGGAAUUUUUCUUUGUCUUGUGAUUUCUCGGGUGGAACUAAUUAGAAAAGACAAAGAGAAAUUCCGCUCCGCGCGCAAAAUUCCGCCUAGUGGAAAACCGGCUUUAAAUACAAUAAAAACAGUAACUCCAGGACCUUUUCUCAAAUUCUCCUUAUAUUUUUCAGCUAGUUGCAUUCCUACCAACGAAAGCUUGUUCAUAAUAGAUUAAUUUGCUUGUUUCGUUCUUCCUCGAAGAUACUCUGUGUUAAACAUGCGCCGAACCCGGUGUCCUUUUGACAAGAACAAUGUUUUAGUUCCUGCUAUCCUUAGAACUCAAUUUUAUUAAGUCUGCGAUGAGUGCCAUUCUUUUGCUCCAAAGUCAUCCAACACGGCAAGAACUGAUAAACUUUGUUCGCUUGCUGAACCUACUGUAGUUAGACGCGGAACAUUGAUGAAUUUAACACAUGUAUUGUGAGGUCAGUACUCAUUUCCAUCCACCAAACUGACAUGACGUCAUUGACGGAAGAGGUGUUAGAUGUAACUAACCCAAACCCUAAUACCCCUACUCUAACCCUAAACCUAACCAAAUUUAAUCAAGAAUUGCGAAAUUGGCGUAACGUCAGUUUGAUGGUUGGAAACGAGUGAAAACCGUGUUGUGAUCUGUUCAAAAUGGCGUGAUUUUUGUAUACUGCAUGCAGUACACUAAAAUAGUAUAUAAAACAACUAUUAAUACUUUAGGAAUCUUACGAAAACGGUGAAACAACACCUGCUCUAAAUGGCGAACAACCCAAAGAAAUUAUUGAAGAAAAUAGUGCUCGGUUACCAUCAAGAACGGAUUCAGAACUUAAUUCCCCAAGUAUUGUAUCACCCACUAUAGGAGAUGCAUUUCCUAUCCCUAUCAAGGCGUCUCCGGUGCGUAAUCAUAAAGUAAGGUCUUUACCAGGAACAUCUCCGUCUUCAUCUGCACAUCGAAUGGCAGAUGCGUCUCCAUCUGCACAUCGAAUGGCAGAUGCAUUUCCAACGAUAUCAUAUUCAAGUAGUGAAGAUGAGGAUGACGCCGAGUUCUUUGAUGCCAACGAGUACGAAAAUGACAGGUUGGUAUCUACUGUUACGUGUCAGAAAUAUGCAUGUCAUUUAGAAAAUCCAAAUUUCUCCCAUCAAAUUAUGCUACGGUAAUCUUUCGUCAAGUCAGGGGUCUGAGAGGACAACUUUCCCACUAAGAAAGUGCCCUGGUAGUGGCGCCCGCUUUUACGUUGAGGCUCCUGUAUCGGCUUUUUUUUCAAGUUGAAGUCCCUAUACAUUCCCAGUGAAACGAGGAUGGGAGUUGAUGUCAACUCUCGAUCAAACAAGAACAAACCCCGAUCAAACGAGAACAAAAGUUGCACGAGAGUUGAUGAGAGUUGACUGGAUAUUACCGCGCGUGUGGCAAAAAGUCUCAUCAAUUCUCAUCAAAAUUUGAUUGAACCAACUCAAACUUGAUGAGAAUGGAUGAGAGUUGAAACUCUCAUCAAUUCUAAUCUUCGUUUGACUGUGCAUGGCUUAAAGUGUGGCCGAUGAGUGACCUUAAAUAUUGGUGGUUUGCAGUCGACGCCAUCUUGGUUAACUUUCAAAACACACAUGAACUAUUCUUUAUUUCUUCUCGUAUUGAGCCAGAUGAUGAAAAACUAUCCACAGAACAGAAAGCUAUCUUUAAAACAAACCAGAAAGUAGUGAAUUUAUUCAACUACAGUAGUUGACUGUAACGGCUCCGCUAAAGUAAUAAAAAUAAUAUAAAAAUAAUAUAAAUAUAAUCCUUAGAAUGAACCAAGACACGUGAUGAUGUCGUGUGCAAAUGUGGAACAGCACUGUUUCUGCUCUUUUGAAAUUCUGACGUCAUUUUAUUAUUCCUAACGAAAAGUAAAAUGUUGCACCGGUCCGAAAUUUCUCGACAACCCUGAUCAAACUCCGACUGGAAAAUUAGAGAAUUUUUUUAUUUUGGUAGCAAUUAGUUUUGAAACUGUAAUUAGCAAAUACAUAAAAUGUUCGCAGCUUGUCUUCCUGCAUUCAUUUUCUGGUUUCAGCCCGAUAUGGUAUAAUGUUUUCCCAAACUUUGCUCUUGUGGUCAAACCAUUAAUUUGUGGCGUCUUUGAAUUUGCUUAUCAAAAUACGACAAGUUUAAUCGUGUUCAAAGUAUAUCACCAUUGCGUCUCUGAAAUUCAGUUCAAAUCAAUUAGGGUGCUAUAUAAAUGUUAAAACACAUUGAUCAACUGAUUUUAACGAACUCUUUUAACUGAGUGUACGAUGCUUUUGUUGCGAUGAGAUUGUUACCGUAAUAAUCGAAAGUUGCUUACCGUUUACUUGAUAUUUCAUGGACAUAAUUGCAGCUUUUCUGUUUAUUUAGUGCUUCUGAAUCUCAAAAAGGUG